UCUCAUUAAAAAUUUGUUGUUGUCUCGUAAAAAGAAAAACAUUGUGUUUUGGAGCCGACUAUUUGUAAUAAAUAAAAAAUAAAGCAUUAUUUGUGACUGGGAAGAAAAUGCACACAGAUUUAUCACCACAUUUGCAUACUCCUCAUUGCAAUCAGUUAAUAGAUGAUUUAAAAAAGUGUCACAAAGAGAAUAAAUUUGCCAAAUUUAUAGGAAUCUGUAAUUCAUUCGAUUCGGCUGUAGUCAAGUGUCUGAAACAAGAACGUAUUGCAAGAUCUGCUGCCAAUAGAGCGAAGGCCCGUGAAAGACAAGCAGAAUUGAAAAGUCGUUUAAAUCAAAAUCAAUAAACAA